UACUACGAAUGAAUACCCAGGCAACGUACUGACUACUUUGAAGAUGAGUAUACACAGAUACAAAUGAUUACUUUUGUCGCCGCAGCAGCAGCAGCAUUGUAUUUGUGCAAAGCAAUCGAAAAUGUAUUUAACCGAAUUGAGAUAAACAAAAACCAUUCAAAACCCAGCAAACAAUAAUCAAAACUUUGAAAUUAUAAAAAUCAAAAUAAUAUUUUAUUUAAAUAUAAUCAAAAUUAACGAAAAUAUCAACGGAUUUCGGAAAAACAGGCUAAAAAACUUGCAAGUGUAUGGUGUUGGUGCCCUCAAACUCAAUCAUAACAAGAAAAAAUGUGUAUUCGAUGAAAAAUUCCUCCUCAGUGAAAAAAAACUGGAAUAAGCUGAGCGCUUCACAAUGAUAAUCUUCUAAUGGAAAAGGCCUAAAGGGCAUUAUAAACGGAAAAAACUAUGAAUGUUCUAAAUCAUUCCAAAAAACAAAGCAUUCAACAGCAGCGAGAAAAACCUCCGGAUUUUGUGGGAUGUCCAUGUAUUGGGACAGUGCAAUUUCAUAAAAAUGUCCAAGACAUUGUUAACUGUAAUCAGACGUCAACCAACAGUGGAUAUUCGUUAUCAUUGCCGCCAAUAUCGACUCCAUCAAAAUUAUUAUCAAGCCCAUUACUUCGAUUAUUGACAUCGUGUGUCCAUGAAGGCCUCCAAUGGAGUAGUAGUAUAAGUGAAAUUUUAAAAAAAUGUAAUCUCGUUAAGAUGGGAUCCAGUAUUAUGGUCGACAGCCACACCAUUACCAGUAACAGUAGUAGUGGUGGAAGCGACCUACCCAUGAAGAAGAAAUCACAUACACAGUGUAUGGCAUCAACAUUAUCAUCGUCGGCGAUGACAACAAGACUGCUUGAUAAGGAGAAAUCCAGAAUGAAUAAUUCUGAAAAUCAAAAUAUCGAAAAUGCUUCCAAUAUUGCGCCCCCACCACCACCACAACCAAGACGACGGCGACAAAUCAAUAGGGCAUCGAACAUUAUUCCGCAACACCAUAGCAAUGGUGGUGGUUCGGCAACAACGCAAAUUUUCACAACGAUAACAAAAACAAUGUCAUCAUCGAUCAUUAGUGCGGCUACUUCAACAGUUGCAUUGAAAUUAUUUUUAACAAAAGCCACAACAACAUUGAUAUUAGCAACGUCAUUAAAUUGUUCGUCACCAUCAUCGUCGUUAGUGCCCGCAACGAAUGUGUCGACCUCAAGCUCAUCCCCAGCCACCACAAGCAACAAAUAUAAACAUCGACGAAAUGCAUCGAAUAUUUCUUCAGUGUCAUCUGUAUCUUCACCUGGAUCGACAUUGCCACCAUCGCCAUCAUCUUCUUCAUCGUCGCUAGUAGUAGAAGAUUCCUGCCACAAGUGUUUAGUUGUUACACCCAAAAUAGAACAACAGCCACCCAAAAAUAUCUUUCCAAGUAUGCCCCCUCAUGCCACAGAGAACAAGAGAUUCCCCAGAAGGUCUCAAAUUUACGAUAACGAAAUAUCAUGUUCAUCAUCUCCCCUGAAAUUGUCUUUAUUUUUAAUGCACCCUACAAUAAUAACUACUUUAAUUUUGUUAAUACUCAUGCAGUUGCACACUGCUACUGCCGACCAAGUGAUACUGCUCGACACGACACGUGAGGCUACUUUGGAAUGGACGCGUUAUCCAUAUGGACCGCAGGCACAGACGCCCGGUUGGGUGGAAGAGAGUUUUACGGAUUUUGUUAAGGGCAUAAAUUGGCGCAGUUAUGUCGUGUGUGAUGUGGCCUAUCACAAUGUCAACAAUUGGCUUUGGUCUCCGUUCAUUGAUCGCGGUCCCGCUAAUCGCCUCUAUAUAGAGAUACAGUUCACAAUUAGAGACUGUUCGCUGUUUCCGGGCAAUGCCCUAUCGUGUAAGGAAACAUUCAGUUUAUUGUAUUACGAAUUUGAUGCUGCCACUCGUGAGCCUCCGCCCUGGCAAACGGAUAGCUACAAACUAAUUGCCCGCAUUGCAGCUGGUGAGGGUCGUUUCAAUCAGAACUCCGAUGUGGAUAUCAAUACAGAGGUCAAGAGCAUUGCCGUAACCAAAAAGGGUGUUUAUUUUGCUUUCCGCGACCAGGGAGCCUGCAUCAGCGUGUUGGCAGUUAAGGUGUAUUACAUCACUUGUCCGGCAGUCACCGAGAAUUUUGCCCAUUUCAAUGAAACACCCACUGGUCGGGAGAUCACCAUAAUAGAGAAACAAAAUGGCACAUGUGUUGACAAUGCCGAACCCUAUGAGCAGCCCACCUACCUGUGCAAAGGCGAUGGCAAAUGGACCAUACUUACCGGAGGUUGUCGUUGUAAAGGAGGCUACGAGCCCGAUUAUGCCAACAAGACCUGCAAUGAAUGUCCUGUGGGUACAUUCCGCUCAGCAGAAGUGGGCAAAUGCGUACCAUGUCCACCCAAUUCGAAUGCCUCCAAAUCGGCCUCCAGCUUUUGUAAAUGCCUGCCCGGUUUCAAUAGGCAUCCCAGAGAUGGGAAACACAUGCCCUGCUACAAGCCGCCAGGACCACCCACAAAUCUUACCUUGCUAUUUGUUGAUCAUAUUAGUGCAAUAUUAUCUUGGAAUGCACCGGUGCGUGAUCAUUCUGCCAGUGAAAACAAUGCCAAUACCAUUUAUCGCAGUGAUAUCGUUUACAAAGUCGUGUGUUCCACCUGCUCUUCCAAUGUGGUCUUGACGCCCAACACUGACACCUUCAAUGACACAAAGUUGACCCUGACCAAUUUGGAACCCAUGACCACCUACACCAUACAGAUUCAUUCCAUGAAUGGUGUCUCAUAUAUUGCCGAAAAUGGAACUGCCGAUGAGAAGUCACAGAAGCAUGUGAAUGAUUCUUUUAGCUCGGAAGAGGCGGGAAAACAUGAUAAUGAGAUUCCCUUGGCACCACCUGCAGCUACUUCCACCACACCCCAACACAAUAGUAACAAUCAACCUAUAGACUUAAGUCAAAUCAAGACUGAAUGGGAUGAAAUCACCUUUACCACCACUGAGUCAGCCAUAUUAUCCACAGUGAGCAAUGUGCGUGUGGUGUUGGCCACAAGCAACGAAGUAGACUUGAUAUGGGAAAAGCCAGUCCAAAGUGAUGCGCCCAUCGAAUUUUACGAAGUUCGCUGGUUUCCAAAGCCCGACUUUGAUGCCAUUAACAAAACGUCAUUGACUACAAAGGACACCAAGGCUCACAUUGAGGGUCUUAAUGACAGCACUGAGUAUGGCUUUCAGGUACGCUACAAGACAAUCAAUGGUUUUGGCACGUACAGUAAUAUCGUCUAUGCCCACACUCAGCCGGGAGUGGGUUCGGUAUACGAGGAGAACCUACAGAUGCGUAUAGUGGCCGGUGCUACCGUUGCGGUGGUGGUUAUUUUAGUUUUGGUAAUAAUAGCAACUGUGGUUUUUCUGCGCUCUAAGAACCAAGACGAUCUCGAUAAGAAAUCGAGUAACCACAUGCCAUUGCCAUUGGAUUAUGCCAGUAAUGAAGGUCAGGUAGUAACCUACAUACAUGCCAUGGACACCACGCCCAUUGUUAAAACAAUUCAAUCGAAUGUUACCACUCCACUGUUUGGCAACAGUCGCAGCUAUGUGGAUCCCCACACAUAUGAAGAUCCAAAUCAGGCCAUACGAGAAUUUGCUCGGGAAAUUGAUGCCAAUUACAUAACAAUUGAAGCCAUAAUAGGAGGCGGAGAAUUUGGAGAUGUGUGCCGGGGACGCUUGAAAAUACCACCAAAUUUCGUGCAGGACAUUGAUGUGGCCAUCAAAACCUUGAAGCCAGGCUCUUCGGAAAAGGCACGAUGCGACUUUUUGACAGAAGCUUCGAUUAUGGGACAAUUCGACCACCCCAAUGUCAUCUAUCUGCAGGGUGUGGUGACCCGCUCCAAUCCCGUUAUGAUUAUCACUGAGUACAUGGAAAACGGUAGCCUGGAUACUUUCUUACGUGUCAACGAUGGCAAAUUCCAGACGCUGCAAUUGAUUGUCAUGUUACGCGGCAUAGCAAGUGGCAUGGCCUAUUUAAGUGAGAUGAAUUAUGUACAUCGAGAUUUGGCAGCACGCAAUGUACUGGUCAACUCCCAGCUCAUAUGCAAGAUAGCCGACUUUGGGCUUUCGCGAGAAAUUGAAAAUGCCAGUGAUGCAUACACCACCAGGGGAGGAAAGAUACCAGUGCGUUGGACGGCUCCUGAAGCAAUAGCAUUUAGGAAAUUUACUUCGGCCUCGGAUGUCUGGUCAUACGGUGUUGUCUUGUGGGAAGUUAUGUCCUAUGGCGAACGUCCCUACUGGAAUUGGUCCAAUCAGGAUGUCAUCAAAAGCAUUGAGAAGGGCUAUCGCUUGCCGGCACCCAUGGACUGUCCGGAGGCUUUGUACCAAUUGAUGUUGGAUUGCUGGCAGAAGCAACGCACCCAUCGUCCAUCGUUUGCCAGCAUCGUGUCAACAUUGGACAAUUUGGCGCGACAGCCACAGGUUUUGCUGACCACUCGAAACUCGCCCGAAAAUGAUGGCUCGCACAUCAUGGAUAGUCAGCGAGGGCAUAACAUCUUCAUCAGCACCGACAUGUGGUUGGAUAACAUAAAAAUGUCACGAUAUUCACAGCACUUCAAAGAGGCUAAUCUGGUGACAGCUCAACAGAUCUCAAGAUUAACUGCUCAACAGCUCUCGGAUAUGGGUAUUACCUUAGUAGGACAUCAAAAGAAAAUUUUACACCAAGCCAGGCAAUUAGACACCAUAAUUUAGCAAUUUUAUUAAAAAUAAUACAAAAUACAAUUAUUAUACGCUGCUGCAAACAACUGCAAUUAAUUUUUUUUAGUAUGUACAUAUUAUACAUAUAUAAUUUUUUUACCAAUAAUAAUAAUAAUAAUAAUUAUUAUAUAUUUAAAAAACAAAGAAAGCAAAAACAGAAAAUAUUCAGAAUUUCGUAAAAAAUUUACAACAAAACACAACACACACACGACAUAUAUACACACAAACAACAACAACAAAAGCAAUAGUGCGCUAUAUUCGGCUGGGCCGAAUCUAGUAUACCCUCCACCAAUUUACAAAAACGAAAAAUUCCACAUGUACAUAUGUACUACAAAUGCAUAUGCGUACAUACAUAUAUACAUAUUUGUAUAUGAUCUUACAACAAUUGAGAAUGAAUAUAAUCAAAAUAUCAAUUUAGUCUUUGUAUUUUCUUUUUAUUCUGUGAAAUCAGUAUUUUUAAUUUUUCUUUUUUAACUUUGUGAAAUAUUAUUAUAAAUGUGAAUUUUAAUUUAAACAAGAAAAUAGAGUCUUUGCAUAGCUUGUAAUUAUUAUUAUUUUUUAUGUAAUACUUGCCUGAAAUUUCUUAUGAGUUUGUAGCUGUAUUUCUUUUUGUAUACUCUAGGCCUAGCCAGCAAAACAUUCAGCAUUUCUACAAUUUAAAGAUCUUGGGGUUUUCUCAUCUUUUCUCAUAAUAGCAAUUCAAUGAGUUAUUCAACAAAAACACAACCAAAGGUUUGGUUAAUUUUGGGCAUAUUUGAAUUCACUUCUAUUUUAUUGAAAAAAAAUCUGUCCUUUCAGAGUGGAAAAAAAAUUCCUAACAAACCCAGAUGGACAGUGUCUUAACUGCAUCAGUUAACAAUAAAAGACAAAAUUUCAUAAAUCUA